CCGGCGCAUAUAAAUAUGAAGUUACCAGUUUUUAAACAAAGGCCAUAAGAUGUCUAAGGUUGUCGCUAUACUUAUGUUGUAUUUGUGUGCAAGCACAUUUCAACAAUCAUUUGACGAAGCACGCCUUAACAUGAGGAAAGCUGUCGCUACUUAUCGAGCAACUUGCAUUGAGGAUACUAAGGCGGACCCUGCAAUCAUUGAUCAUGUAAUUACGAACCUUGACUUUCCCGAUGAGCCUUAUGUGAAGUGUUACUUCAACUGCGUCAUGGAAAAAACGAAUGCAAUCAAUAACCGGUUAGAGCUGCAGAGAUCUUUUCUACGAGAGCUGCUGGAUAAAGUGCCGGAAGCUACGAUCGAUCGUGUUGUUGAGAAGUGUCACGGUAUUGAAGGUGAUGAUAAGUGUCAAAGAUCAUAUGAGAUUUUACGUUGUGGAUUAAUCUAUUUAAGAGAAAUCUUGUAGCUAAAUGGUAAU